GUUUUGACAGAAGUCAUCGGAGGAGCAGCCAGCCAGCCUCUGACCAACACUGGGCAAAGAGUGAGCGACAACCCAGGCGAAACGCCUAAUGGUAAGGACAUUGUUUGCUUUUUUGUUUUUCCAAGUUUAUAUUCAUGGAUGAAAUUUAAGACUACAGGAUUUGAUUGAAUGUAAAAAUGGGAUGGAAUUCCCUUUUCCAUGUAGUUUUAUUGCAAUUUUAACAAGUCAAAUAAAAAGAUCUGAAAUAGUGAGUUCUGCAAUGGCAGAUUGGUUGACAAAAUAGUAAAUUGUACAUCUCUGAAAGUAUGUCUGUGAAGUAUCAGUGCUUGAUAAAGUCCUAUACUUUUAAGUGGUGUCUGGUCUGGUAUCCCUUCCUCAGCACAACCCAAGGAUGCAAUCCACAGUGGUCACCAUGUCGGACAUGGAUCGUAGAACCAGCCACGAGGCUCAGGACACUGAAGCAUCUACCCCACUGAACCCUGUCCCUGACGGGGUCACCCUGGGCACUAACCUCCCCUGCUGGUACUACUUCACCAGGCCCAUCCUGGCCAUCCUUAUCGGCGGGGUGCUGUUUGGCUUGGGCACGGCCCUCUCCUUGCUCUACUUCACCCAGGUGGGGAACGUGCCCUACCUGUUGGGUCCUGUGUUCCUCUCUGUGGGGCUCAUGUUCCUGGUCACGGGGCUGGUAUGGGUGCCCGUGGUGAAACAGAGACUGGAUUACAAGGCUCUGACCAAGGUCAAUGACAAGGCGCUUCAGGUGCAUGAACAGCACUGAAGCACCAUGGACUAUUAAAGCUAAAACGAUGUUGUGUUUUGUACUGUAGAGUAGGUCAACAGUGUUAGUGGGGUUUUCUCCCAACAGAAUUCUGAAAAGCACACUUCCUAAAAGAUGUAUAAAUGUGUGAGGAGGCAGGUGUAACAUAACAUAGAAAGAUUUGUAUUUAUUUAACCUUUAUUUAUACAGGUUAGUCUUAUUCAUAUAGAUAGUCUUUUGCAAGAGAGACCUCUGUGAAAUGUACUGUAUGUCUUCUGUAUGUAGCUGUCCUCUAUAUCUAGGCCCUAAUACAAAUAUGGGAUUGAAUGACCUCGUCCUGUAAAAGGGAACAUCGUGAUUGCUCUGUUGGAGGGUUUUAACAUGAUCAGAACAUAGCCCUGCUGCUGUGGCCCAGGCUAUCCCAUCUGUCUGUCUGAUUGUGAUCUGUAUUAGUUGUUGUUUUUCCACCAUAAGCCGCUGUUUUCCUUGUAGCUGCUGUUGUAGUGGAUUGCUAAAUCCUUUAGAAACAGGAUUACGGCGGCAGAAAAUGCUACAGGACAUGAUUAUUGCUGAUUGUCGAAGUCACGAUGGACAGUUGGACACUGAGUGGUAGUGGGUGCACCCUGGCUCUGUCCCUCAUCCAAAUACUUCUGCUGGAUGUAUUGUCUAACCUUUUAUGUUUCUGGGUCAAAAAGGCUGUGUCCAUCUGGCAGUGAUCAAAAGCAAAACUAAUGUUUAAGGAAGGUGGGGGCCAGUGGGAUUUGAAUUCGGUCUAAAUUAGCCAAAAUGUUUACAUAAACUUGAGGUUUUACAUUGCAUUGUGCAUUUCUUCAAUCAUUCAUGUAGGCUACUCUCAUUCCAUGUAAUUCUCAACAUUGUGAGAGAAGAAAGUCUUCAUGUACCCUUUAUCUUCUUUCUAAAUGUGAAUAUUAUUUAUGAACAUUAUGCAAUAAUUGUGUGAUGAAUAAUAAAUUAGAUUUGAUAUA